CCCCAGCCCUUUCUCCGGUUGGACCAAUCAGAGACCGCCUUGCAGCCUUUCCCCCAAAGUGGGGGUGGGUGCAGGGAAGCCCACAGUGGUGUGAGCGCCCUGCCAGCAGCCCGCAGUCCCUGCCCGCCCCGUCUGGGACCGGGACCCGGGAUCGCUCUCUGAGCAACUUGGAACUCGAGAGUUGGAGGACAACAAGGAGAGGGCGGCAGCUGCUCUGGCCAGUGCUGCCCCCGGGCUGCAGCCUGUGCGGAGCUACACAGACAGCCAGAGCCUGGGCGGCCCCUCCUGGCUACCCUGCUCCUCCCAAAGGAUGCUUUGGGUGUGAGGCCACCCCUCACCCCUGCAGCCCCCAACUUCCUCCCUUCUGCUGAGGCUCCGGGAGCCUACGAGUGUCCUUUUUGCCCUCUUACCCAGCUGCUGCCCCACUUCUGGCCAGCAAAGACUUUCUGAUAACGGGACAGGGCAGUGAGGAGGACUUCCUGGAGGGGGUGACAGCUCAGAACCCAGGACCUUGCCCACAUUAGAAGGCAUCAGCAGCAAGGACACCAUGCUGCUUCUGAGUGCCAUGCCAGCGCCUGUCCUCAGAGGCCGGGUGCUGCCCCUGCUGCUGCUGCCGCUGCUGCUGCUGCUGCUGGAACUACAGAUGGUCUCAGGCUUAGUCAUCACACCUCCGGGGCCGGAGCUUGUCCUCAACGUCUCCAGCACCUUGGUUCUGACCUGCUCGGGUCCAGAUCCGGUGGUGUGGAAACGAAUGUCCAAGAGGCCCCCACAAGAGAUGGCCAUGACCCCGGAUGGCAAUUUCUCCAGCAUCCUGACACUGACCAAUGUCACUGGGAUAGACACAGGGGAAUACCUGUGUGCCUAUAAUAACUCCCAUGAGCUGGAGGCUGAGGAGCAAAAACGGCUCUACAUCUUUGUGCCAGAUCCCACCGUGGGCUUCCUCCCUGUCCCUUCCGAGGAAUUAUUCAUCUUCCUCACGAAAGAAACUGAGAUCACCAUUCCGUGCCGAGUGACGGACCCGCAACUGGUGGUGACACUGCAUGAGAAGAAGGUGGAUGACCCACUGCCUUUCCCCUACGACCACCAGCACGGCUUCUCCGGGACCUUUGAGGACAAGACCUAUGUCUGCAAAACCACCAUCGGGGACAGGGAGGUGGAUUCCGAGCCCUACUACGUCUACAGCCUCCAGGCGUCGUCCAUCAACGUCUCCAUGAGUGCAGUGCAGACGGUGGUUCGCCAGGGCGAGAACAUCACCAUCACGUGCGUGGUGACUGGGAACGAGGUGGUCAACUUCGAGUGGAUGUACCCCCGCGAGGAGAGUGGGCGGCGAGUGGAGCCCGUGACCGACUUUGACACCCCCUUCUACAUCCGCUCCACCCUGCACAUCCCCAGCGCUGAGCUGGGCGACUCGGGGACCUACAUCUGCAAUGUGUCAGAGAGUGUGUACGACCACCAGGACGAAAAAGCCAUCAAUGUCACCGUGGUCGAGAGUGGCUACGUGCACUUGCUGAGGGAGCUGGACGCUGUACAGUCUGCGGAACUGCACCGGAGCCGGACACUGAAGGUGGCGUUCGAGGCCUACCCACCGCCCACUGUCAAGUGGUUCAAGGACAACCGCACUCUGGGCGACUCCAGUGUAGGCGAGAUUGUCCUGUCCACGCGCAAUGUGUCGGAGACUUGGUACGUUUCAGAACUGACGCUGGUGCGGGUGAAGGUGGCUGAGGCCGGUUUCUACACCAUGCUGGCCUCCAACGAGGACGAUGAGCUCCAGGUCUCCUUCCAGCUGCAAAUCAACGUGCCUGCCCGUGUGCUGGAGCUGAGCGAGAGCCAUCCUGCCGAUGGGGAGCAGACAGUCCGCUGUCGCGGCCGGGGCAUGCCUAAGCCGCACCUCACCUGGUCUACUUGCCGUGACCUCAAAAGAUGUCCGCGCGAGCUUCCUCCCACGCCGCUGGGGAACAGUUCCGAGGAGGAGAGCCAGCUGGAGACAAACGUGACGUACUGGGUGGAGGAGCAGGAGUUCGAGGUGGUGAGCACACUGCGCCUGCGCCGCGUGGAUCAGCCACUGUCCGUGCGCUGCACGCUGCGCAACCUGCUGAGCCUUGACGUGCAGGAGGUCAUCCUGGUGCCACAGUCCCUGCCCUUCAAGGUGGUGGUGAUCUCAGCCAUCCUGGCCUUGGUGGUCCUCACGAUCAUCUCCCUCAUCAUCCUCAUCAUGCUCUGGCAGAAGAAGCCCCGCUAUGAAAUCCGAUGGAAGGUGAUUGAGUCUGUGAGCUCCGACGGCCAUGAGUACAUCUACGUGGACCCCAUGCAGCUGCCCUACGACUCCACCUGGGAGCUGCCGCGGGACCAGCUUGUGCUCGGGCGCACCCUUGGCUCUGGGGCCUUUGGGCAGGUGGUGGAGGCCACGGCUCACGGCCUGAGCCAUUCUCAGGCCACGAUGAAAGUGGCCGUCAAGAUGCUGAAAUCCACAGCCCGAAGCAGUGAGAAGCAAGCCCUCAUGUCAGAGCUGAAGAUCAUGAGUCACCUUGGGCCUCACCUGAACGUGGUCAAUCUGCUGGGAGCCUGCACCAAAGGAGGGCCCAUCUACAUCAUCACCGAGUACUGCCGCUACGGCGACCUGGUGGACUACCUGCACCGCAACAAGCACACCUUCCUGCAGCACUACUCCGACAAGCACCGUCGGCCCAGCGCGGAGCUCUACAGCAACGCCCUGCCCGUCGGGGUGCCCCUGCCCAGCCACAUGUCCCUGCCUGGGGACAGUGACGGGGGCUACAUGGACAUGAACAAGGACGAGUCGGUGGACUAUGUGCCCAUGCUGGACAUGAAAGGAGACAUCAAGUACGCAGACCUCGAGUCCUCCAACUACAUGGCUCCUUACGAUAACUACGUCCCCUCCGCUCCCGAAAGGACCUGUAGGGCGACUUUGAUCAACGAGUCCCCAGUGCUUAGCUACACGGACCUCGUGGGCUUCAGCUACCAGGUGGCCAAUGGCAUGGAGUUCCUGGCCUCCAAGAAUUGUGUGCACCGAGACCUGGCAGCCAGAAACGUGCUCAUCUGUGAGGGCAAGCUGGUCAAGAUCUGUGACUUUGGCCUCGCUCGCGACAUCAUGCGGGACUCGAACUACAUCUCCAAAGGCAGCACCUUCCUGCCGCUGAAGUGGAUGGCCCCCGAGAGCAUCUUCAACAGCCUCUACACCACCCUGAGCGACGUGUGGUCCUUUGGGAUCCUCCUCUGGGAGAUCUUCACCCUGGGUGGCACCCCUUACCCGGAGCUGCCCAUGAACGAGCAGUUUUACAAUGCCAUCAAGCGGGGUUACCGCAUGGCCCAGCCUGCCCACGCCUCCGACGAGAUCUACGAGAUCAUGCAGAAGUGCUGGGAAGAGAAAUUUGAGAUUCGCCCCCCCUUCUCCCAGCUGGUGCUGCUUCUCGAGAGGCUGCUGGGUGAGGGUUACAAAAAGAGGUACCAGCAGGUGGAUGAGGAGUUUCUGAGGAGCGACCACCCCGCUGUCCUUCGGUCCCAAGCCCGCUUGCCUGGCUUCCAUGGCCUCCGGUCCCCUCUGGACACCAGCUCAGUGCUCUACACUGCCGUGCAGCCCAACGAGUGCGACAACGACUACAUCAUCCCCCUGCCCGACCCCAAGCCUGAGGGCACCGACGAGGGCCCGCUGGAGGGUUCCCCCAGCCUGGCCAGCUCUACCCUGAAUGAAGUCAACACCUCCUCGACCAUCUCCUGCGACAGCCCCCUGGACCCCCAAGAGGAACCAGAGCCAGGGCCCCAGCCCGAGUCCCCGGUGGAGCUGGUGGCAGAGCCGGAGUGGCUGCCGGACCCAAGCGGCCCUGAGCCCCGGGCUGAGGCAGAAGACAGCUUCCUGUAGGGGGCUGGCCCCCACCCUGCCCUGCCCAAAGUGUCCCCUCUACCUCCCAGCACCCCGUGUCUCCCGGCCUGUCCUGCCCAGUCUCCUAUCAGCCGGGCUGUCCCCAUCGGCUGUCCCCUGUGGCAGGCUCUGGCCCCUGCCAUGUCACACCCCAACCCCUGGGGCUGGCUUAGGAGGCAAGAGACCUGCAGGGGCCAUGACCAGCCUCUGCCUCUGGGGAGGCCAUGUGACUCGGAGCCAGGGUUCUCCCAAAGGACUCUGUUGCCCCAUCUGUAAGAUGGGAAAGUCGGGCUCAGUGGCCAACGGUUUGGGAUUCUCCCCAUGGCUGAUAGGUGUGGAGCUUGGAAUCCCUGGGGAGAUUCUCUAGGUAGUUGAGGUAGUCAAUGAACUUUAUCCUGUUCAGCCGGCUAACCCUCAGGGAGCUGCAGCUCUCUCCUUGUGCUUUCCCUGCUUGGAAGCUGGGAAGGGGCCCUGGUAUCCCUGGCUCCUGGCUGAGCUGGGGCCUGGCCUUGGGCAGUGCUGCCUCCUCCCCUCGAUGUCUGCCUUUGCUCUCCCAGGCCCGGGCUGGCCUGGGCCGUCCGUGCUCCACUGAUGCUCGGGGCGGAGCCCAGCCCAGGGCUCUCCCGCCUGCAGCCCCUGCCCCAGGCAGGUGGGGCGCACCUCCCUGUAAACAGUGCCCGUGUCCAUGUCUCCCGGCUCCGUGAGCCCUGGGGUCUCUCCCCUCAUCACUGCCAGUCUUAAUUCCACCCACGAGUCUCCAGGGCCAGAGGCUCCACAUCUGUGGGGAGUGCUUGGAUAUGUGUGUGUGAAGUGCCCACACGUGUGGGCCCAUCUGUGGGUCAUGUGUGCACUGGACCCACGGAGGCCUCACCCCCCAGGGGUGAGCCAGGGUUGGGGAGAUUCCAGACCACAGGCCACACUUCAGGCAUUCGGGAACUGUGCUCCCUCCCCAGGCCCCCGGCCAGUCCCCACAGGCCAGCUGCCCAAGCCUUGACACCAAGUGACAGCCAGUGUCCUAGAAAGCCCCAAGCAGCUGCCUCAGGGACACAGGAAGACCACAGGAGCCCUUCUGGAACCCACAAUGACCUCGGGGGUGGUCCUGGGCCGAGGAGGCAGAGGGGGCACAUCAGACCACCUGGUGCGCCUCCCAUACCACCCACCACCUGCCGUCCAGGUCUGUGCCAAAGACAGUGGACAAGUGAAGGCCCCUGCGGGGCCCUAGAAAUGGGAAGAAGCCUUGGAUGGGGACCCUGAGAAAGGGGUGCAAGAGGUGGGUACUCAGAGCGUUGCCUGCUCACCUGCCAGCCGCCCCAUGGGGUAUGGCUGUGUCUCUGCCCAGGGCCGCUCAGCUCACUCUCCAGCAGCCCCCUAGCCCAGCGGGCACUGAGGUGCUGAGGGAGGGCUGUGGCCCAGACUGCUGGCAGGGCAGGGCUGGAAAGGGGGUGAGGGGGGGUCGGCCCCUCUGGAUACCCGCCCCUUUGCUGGGUGGCACCUCCCUGCCCCAGGACCCGAGAAGCCUGGUUGAAGAGGGGACUGGGUUCUCACUACGGUACCAAAGAUGUAAUCACCUAGGUUUACAAGUAUUUUUAGGACUCACAUUAACUCACAUUUAUACAACAGAAGUGCUAUUUUAUAUGCCAUCAAAAUUUCCUAUCUGUGUACCUUUUUUUAAGGGGAAGAUUUUAAUAUUAAACCCGGUGCUUCUCACA